CCAAUUUUGACUCCCAUUUCUUCCUUCCGAUGUUCUAUUGAUAUUCGUUCACAUUAUCCAUCAUACUUCUCACCAACGACUGCGUACCAAACUCAUCGAUCAAACCCCCUCCUUACCCUGGAUCUCUCUCCGCAACGCUAAAAAUCCCCAUAACAGCUCACAAUUUUCUUCUUCCGGGUGAUAGCCCAAAGUAAAAUUAAAUUGUUAUCCCUAGAGCCAUGGCUGAUUACUCAAAGCAAAAUUUGUUACAGCUGAUUAAGAGAAUUGGGGUUUAUCUAUCCACCAAGGUUUCAAAAAUCUUAAACAUCCAGGAUGUGCGAUCUUUUUGGGCUAUAGCGGGACUUGCUGUUGCAGUAAUUUUUACAUGGAGGGCAUUAAGGUCGCCUAAUGGAUCUCAAAGAAGACAACCUAAACGACAAUCUCCCUCACAUAACAAUGAAAAUUCGUUACCUUCUGGUGUUAGUUCAUCUUCCCAAGAUUCAAGAACACAGAAUGCUACGGAUGAGUUUUUUCAGCCUGCAAAUGCUACUUUGGGACAAAUAGUCAGGCAAAGAUUAAGUGAUGGAAGGAAGGUAACAUGCAGGUUGCUUGGGGUUAUACUGGAAGAAAACACUCCCGAAGAGCUUCAAAAUCAAGCAACAGUGAGAUUAUCUGUAUUGGAAGUAUUGUCAGAGAUCACAAAGUAUUCUGAUCUUUAUCUCAUGGAAAGAGUUCUUGAUGAUGAAAGUGAAAAAAGGGUUUUAACAGCAUUGGAAAAUGCUGGGGUAUUUACAACCGGUGGCUUGGUGAAAGAAAAGGUGUUAUUUUGUAGUACAGAGAAUGGACGAAUGUCUUUUGUUCGACAGCUGGAGCCAGACUGGCAUAUAGACUCAAAUCCAGAAAUUACUUCUCAGUUAGCGAGGUUCAUCAGACAGCAGGUUCACAUUUCAACAAAAAGCGAACGAACUGCAUCAUCAAAUGUCUUCAACUCUUCAUCAUUGGAACAGUUUUUUGGUGGUGUUUGACUUUUGGGAAGUAAAAAGAAGUCAAUGUUAAGCAGAGCUCUUUCUACUUUCUUGUCUUGUUUGCAUCAUACUCAUGCCUUAUGAAGAGAUUCAAAAGCUUGAUGGUUGUGGAUUAGAUGUGGUGGUAGUUUAUGUAAGACAGUGGUUCUUGAUUACUUGUGUAGUUUUUAUUAGACAAAGAAAAAGAAUACACUAGCUAGUACUACAAUGACCCUGUUUUUUCAGGCUUUUAGAUUGUUUUGUAAGAAAGAACAUGUGAAUUACUAUUGAUGUGAUUACACCACCUUAAUAAGCUUUGCAUGUUUUAUGAUAUGGGGG